GGCCACUAAAAGCUAAGGCUAAACGCUACACUUUCGUCACAAAAAGUGCAUUUAUUUAUUUGCGCCAAAAUCAAGCAUGGCUUUCUCCUUAUAAAGAUCCCGCUUUUUCUAUGUUGAUAAUCACUUUCACUCACUUUCUCUCCUAAAACCCUAUCUUUCUUCUCGCCAACCAGACGCACCAAAUUAAUACAAACAACAGUAAAAGCAAUCAACUUUCUCUUAUUACAAUCACUGAGGUUAACAUUGGGAACAGCUUAUAAUCUUAUUUUUAAUGGCAACCUCGAUUGGGUUUUCUUCUUGUUGUUUAUUGAAUAAGCAUUCAAUGUCUCCUGUGCCCAUAAAGUCCUUUAAUGGCUUAAUGUGCAAUUAUUCAAGUUUGUUUAGCAAACAAACAUGCUCUCCAAAGCCAAUAUCUUUUUCUCCUGUAUUAAGGCCUUUAAUAAGGAGUGGUGUUAGGUGUAGUGCAUUGGAGAUUGGAAAUGCAGACCUUUUAUUUUCAACUGGGAACAGGUUUCAACUUGAGGAUGUUAUUGAAGCACAGCAGUUUGAUAGAGAGAUUCUCAAUGCUAUAUUUGAAGUUGCACGAGAAAUGGAGAAGAUUGAAAAGAAUUCUCCUGGGAGUCAAAUUCUUAAGGGUUAUUUAAUGGCUACCCUUUUCUAUGAACCGUCUACCCGUACUAGGCUUUCUUUUGAGUCUGCGAUGAAACGGCUUGGUGGUGAGGUUUUGACUACUGAAAACGCAAGGGAAUUUUCUUCAGCUGCUAAGGGAGAGACACUUGAAGACACCAUUAGAACUGUUGAAGGUUAUUCGGAUAUCAUUGUUAUGCGUCAUUUUGAAAGUGGCGCUGCAAGAAGAGCUGCUACUACUGCCUGCAUUCCUGUUAUUAAUGCAGGGGAUGGUCCUGGACAACAUCCAACUCAGGCUCUUUUAGAUGUAUAUACUAUCGACCGAGAGAUAGGUAAAUUGGAUGGCAUCAAAGUUGCUCUUGUGGGAGAUCUUGCUAAUGGAAGGACAGUUCGCUCACUUGCAUACUUGCUUGCCAAAUACCAGGAUGUAAAGAUCUAUUUUGUGUCUCCUGAUGUGGUAAAAAUGAAGGAUGAUAUAAAAGACUACUUGGCAUCGAGGGGAGUUGAGUGGGAAGAAAGUGCUGAUUUAAUGGAAGUGGCGUCAAAGUGUGAUGUUGUGUAUCAAACUCGAAUUCAGCGAGAAAGAUUUGGAGAGAGAAUUGACCUUUACGAAGAAGCUCGAGGCAAAUACAUUGUGGAUUCUGAUGUGUUAAAUGUGAUGCAGAAGCACGCUGUGGUCAUGCAUCCUCUUCCGAGGCUAGAUGAGAUAACUGUGGAUGUUGAUGUCGAUCCAAGAGCUGCUUAUUUUAGACAAGCAAAGAAUGGUCUCUACAUCCGAAUGGCGCUUCUGAAACUUCUACUUGUUGGUUGGUGAGGGAUGUAAUAUGAAGUUUCAAGUUUUGACCUUUGACAUUUGCUUUAACCUGGUUGUUCAUGAGUGAAUAAUACUUGGUAAAAUUGCAAGAACCGUUUGACAUCGAGAAAUGGGUAAUCAAAUAAGCAAGGAUGUAUUUUACUCA